AUGACUAUAACCCAUAACCAAAAUCUCACUGGUAAGAGAGAUGGACAUGGUAGAAGUACUGCAGGAAUUGAGCUUAUUGAAAACAGCCUUGCCUUAAGCUUUCGGGAUGACCUGCAUAUUUUUAAAAGUGAAGAGAAAAUUGAUGAGUUUAAUCAAGCUGACAAGACUAUUAGCAGUAAUGCCUCAUGUUCACCACUUCAAGGAAUUUCUUCUGGGGUCCAAACCAACAUUUCUAAUAUACAUGGGAGUGAUUUUAUGCAUCCAUCAUUACUGACAAAAUACCAGAAAGCACCCAGGGAAAGACCUUACAAAUGUAAUCUGUGUGGCAAAACCUUUCUUCAGGGAUCACGCCUCAGUAGACAUCAGAUUGUCCACACCAGAGAGAAAUUACAUAAAUGUGAUAUUUGUGAAAAAGUCUUUAGUCGAAAUUCAAACCUUAUGGUUCAUCAGAGAAUUCAUACUGGAGAGAAACCUUACAAAUGUAAUGAAUGUGUAAAGGUGUUUAGUCGGAAAUCAAACCUUGCAGUUCAUGAGAGAAUUCACACUGGAGAGAAACCUUACAAAUGUAGUGAGUGUGGCAAGGUCUUUAAUCAAAAACAAAUCCUUGCAAGUCAUCAGAGAAUUCAUACUGGGGAGAAACCUUACAAAUGUAAUGAGUGUGGGAAAACGUUUAGUCAGGGCUCAAAACUCAGGCGUCAUCAGAUAAUCCAUACAGCAGAGAAAUUACAUAAAUGUCAUAUAUGUUGCAAGGCCUUUAGUAGAAAUUCAGACCUUGCAGUUCAUCAGAGAAUUCAUUCUGGAGAGGAACCUCACACAUGUAAUGAGUGUGGCAAGCUCUUUAGUCGGAAAUCAAACCUUGCAGUUCAUAAGAGAAUUCAUACUGGAGAGAAACCUUACAACUGUAAUGAGUGCGGCAAGGUCUUUCGUCAAAAAGCCACCCUUGCAAAGCAUCAGAGAAUUCAUAAUGGAGAGAAACCUUUCAAAAAUAAUGAGUGUUGA